UACCAUUGUACUUCCUUCUAUGUCAAAGCUCUCUCCAUGUCCAGCUGCGUAUCACUUUUUGGCAGGUUAUGAGGAUGGAAAAUUUGUACCUGCCUACAGCAGGGGCCCUUCACCUAUUCAUCCGCUCGAACUCUCGAAGGCACUGCUUUCACAGUUAAAAGAAAAUGACAUCCCAUCUUUCCUAAGCAAUGUAAAGGAUGGUGGAAAGCACAUGACUGACAACAGGCUUGUUGAACUGGAGGUGUCAACCUUAUCCAAUAACUUGCCAGAGGGCAAACUAGCAUCUGCUGUUCCUAAAGUCGGAGAAAAGGGAAGUACAAGAGGUUUAUAUCAGGUAUAUUCCAGGAAUUACCUGAAGAAUUCUGCUUCUGAGAUUCCCUUGAAGCUGGAAUUCUCAAGCACUUGUAGCAGAUCCGCAUUUUAGCUGAAAUUGUCAGAAUAAUGCAAAUGAUCUUUAACCUGAUCUUCAGUCAAGCAGAUUUCAAUUUACCAAUUUUGUUGUCCAAACAGUUUAUGCACACAAACUAUAAUUGAGGUAAUAAUUUAUCUCUAAUUAUUUUGCAUUAUUUGCGACUGG